UCUCUUUGUGUGGGAAGGACUCAGCAGGAAAGUGAUUUUGUGAUUAUUUGAGUUUGCCAGCAAAGUAAGGCUCUCCCCCCCUGACCGGCAACAUCUUCCCUACUCGCCACCUCUGCUGCCUUACACCAGAAACACAUACGAAUGUGCUUCUCAUGCCGGCAAAACAGCGACACCCAGGCUCCUGAUGAUGAGAGUCGACGUCAGACUGGUUUUCUAUGAAUAUUGAUGUGGAGGAUAGUCUGUUUCAUAGAAGAACAGAAGGAGGCAAGAUGGCUGCCCUUUAGGAUUUGUUAAAGAGGAGAUCCAGACGGUUUGUUGGAAUUUCUACAAAGUGGAGGGACGUAAAAAGGAGGACGGACAGAGGGCAGCUCUGUGGAUGGACUCUGAGCCGGCCAGAUGGAAACAGAACAAGCUAGACAUGAGGAGGAAGACAAUCUGAUAUUAGCACAAUUUGGCACAUCUCGCAACAUCUCUCACAAACUGCAGAAUGGAGGCCAGUCUUCAGAGGAAGAUUCUCUGCAGAUCACUGGGGAUACAGGCUGGAACCAUUACAAGGCCAGUGCAGAUGCAAACACCAUGAAGAGGCAAAGAGAGAACUGCAACAGUCCUGCCUCAGUACAAGGGCUGUUCGAUCAAGCAACCUACAUUAUGAAUGGAGAGUUGAAGCAUGCACUCACUGAGCAGUCCUUACUGGCCCACCAGCCCAAGAAACUAAAAGUAGAAUCUGAGAUUAAAAGAAAUGACGAUGUGAGCUCUAGUUUGGUGGAUGGCUUUCCUGAACUGACAAAAGCAGCUGAGUUUGAGAGUAAUGCUCCACAGACAGAGCUCAAGUUAGACAAGAGGAACUGUAAUUUUCCUAAUGGAGAUAUCUUCUGUCUCCCAAGGAAUACACAUGUUUCGACUCCAAAUGGUUCUUUAUCACCCCCCUUAACCACAGAAAGCACUCCAGGUGAUCUUUUAGAGAAAACCUUGUCUCAGUAUUAUCCUGAGCAGGUGUCAAUCGCACCACAAACAUCUGGGCCACAGCUAGAUUCUGUCAAUGGUUCACUGGCAAAUAAGCUACCAAGUGAAGGUGCUCAACCCCAAUCUUUAACUUCAGGAUUGCCCAAUUCAGCUCAGAUGCCUAACUCACAGCAGCCUGGGGCAUCGGGCAAUAUUGAAGGGGGCAACCGUUAUAACUCUGUCAACUAUGUAGUGAAUGGAUAUUCCAACAACUUUGAAGCAGAUCACCAGCAGCAACAACAGCAACAACAACAGCAGCAGCGGCCACCAUCUUACUCUGAUCAGGAGCUUUCUCUAGGUCAGCUCCCUGGCAUGAUCCCGCCAACAAACACUGCCAAUAGCUCACAACAACAUCAAAAUGGACCACGGUGCUAUCCAGAUGACACAAAUCCUCAAGGUAUAUAUGAGAAGGCCAACAAAGAGUUUAACCAGAACUCUUUUCUGGAGCGAGGCACUCCUGUACAGGCAGCGGAGACAGGCGGAUAUGCAUCCUUUCCUAACUCUGGGUUACAGAAGAUGGGGCAAAGUGAAGAACCAAGGUCUGCUCAGCGCCUUGGCACUGACAGGGGCCACCAGUAUGGGAUUCAACCCCAGACCUUUAAACGCAGUGAUGGGAACUCACGUGGAGCUGACAGUACUGUACCCAUGGGCCCCGGUCUCCAGUCCCCAAGUCAUGCGGGGUUAGAAAACGGGAUGGAGAACACGCCUCAGCAGAGACCCAACUUACAAUGUUCAACUCCACACCAAAGGGGCUGGGGAGAGCUAAACUCUUCACAUUCCCAGCAGCAACUAGCAAGUGGCCCGUCAUCCCAGGCACAAGAGCAGCACAUGUGGAGGGGCUUCCCUGCUAAGCCUCAGUCAGAGCAGCAGACGGCUAACCCCCAGGUUCACUGCCAGAUGUUGGAGCCAAAUGCAGGGCAAAGAUUCCAGACACCGGCAGGCUUCACAGACAGCAGCCAGGGGUCUAACAGCUUCCAGCAGCAACAGCAGGACCGCCUCCCGGCCCAAACACACUGUGCUUCAGCCCAGCACAACACUGCCCCUGAGUGGCAGCAAUCAAAUUCAAAAGCACCUCAAAUGCAGCAGCCUCUACCCCAGAAAAUGCCAGAGCAGCGUAAUUUCCACCAAGAUCAGCAGGUUGACAGCCGCUACCACACCCAGAUGCAGUCAGAGCAUUUAUGUGAAGACCCUGACCUGCAGGAUAUACUGUCACCUGGGUUUUUACCAACACAGGAACAGCAGCAACCACAGCACUGUCAUCUUCAACGUCCCCUGUCCCACCCACCACAAUUUGAAGGGCAGCCACUCAAGUCACCCGAUUACAGACCUCGCAGUCAGCCUCAGCCAGGUCAGCAGCAGAUUCAACCCAACCAGCCUCUUCGAAACAAUCCUGCUCAAUCCAACAACCAACAGAUCCAGCACAGUGACCAUGCAACAUUCAGUUACAAUAAUGCAACGGACAUGCAACAGAUUCAACAAAGUCAAAGGCAGUUUCCACCUGACUCGGGCAGCAGUAACCUAAAGCAAUUUCAACCACAGCGGCCUAACAACCAGUGCCACCAGCCCAACCAUGCAGACUUCUCCCAGACCUCGAUGCAGUCACAGCCUCACUUACGAGGAGGCGCGUUGAACCAACAGGUAUCAGCACAGCUGUAUCCUAAAGCUGAACAGCAGCUACAGAUAUCAUGCGCUCAGUUCCAAAGGGGACCUCGACUACCUCUGGCCCCUGCGGGUCCCCAUGGAGACAUUGAGAGGCAUGCAGCCCUGCGUAUGCACCUGUUGCAAAGGCAGGAGCGCCAGGGCGUUCCUCAUCCCCUUCAGAGCACUAGUGACCCCACACAUGGCCUGAGAGCUGUGAAAAUGGAAAACAGCCCCAGAUUUGAGAUGCCGUGCUCACAGCAGCAAGAGCAGCAGCUACAGAUGCGAGAGACAGGACUAGGUGGUGUGCAAAUUAAGCAGGAGAAUCAUCCAUCCCUGUGCGAGCAAAGCAAGAGGCCAGGAAACAUCUUGGCCUCCAUGGAGCAAAGCCUGAGGCAGUAUCAGCUUUCACCUGUGUUUGAGAAGAAAUCCCUUGUCAUCAAUCCAGCAAAUAAAGUCAAGGUGGAAUAUUCUGGGCCUGUCACAAUCCUGUCAACCCACACUGACUUGAGAGGAGGAGUUGAAUCCACAGCCGCUACCCCAGUCCCUACAGCUCUUAAAAGACCGCCCGAUUUCACCCCCAAGAAGGAACACCUCCUCCAAAGCUUCAUGGACUCCCCUAUGAAGCUAUUGGAUACCCCGAUAAAGAACCUGCUGGACACCCCCAUGAAAACACAAUAUGACAUUGCAUCCUGUCACUGUGUUGAACAAAUCAGUGAGAAGGAUGAAGGGCCGUACUACACUCACUUGGGGUCUGCGCCGAGUGUUGCCGCUAUUCGGGAGGGGAUGGAGAAAAGGUCUGGUCUAACCGGUCCCGCCAUCAGGAUUGAAAAAGUAGUAUACACCGGCAAGGAAGGAAAAAGUACACAGGGGUGCCCUAUCGCCAAAUGGGUGAUUCGUCGGUCCGGGGUAGACGAAAAGCUCCUGGUGUUGGUGCGGGAACGUACUGGUCACAAAUGUGAGACAGCCUGCAUCAUUGUCGUAAUCCUGGUCUGGGAGGGCAUCCUGCCCAGCCUAGCUGACCGCCUCUACCUCGAGCUGAGUGAAACUCUCACAAAGCAUGGAGCCCACACCCAGAGACGAUGCUCUAUCAAUGAGGAGAGGACCUGUGUAUGCCAGGGGUUAAAUCCUGAUGCCUGCGGGGCAUCUUUCUCCUUUGGCUGCUCUUGGAGCAUGUACUACAAUGGUUGCAAGUUUGCCCGCAGCAAAAUCCCAAGAAAAUUCAAGCUACUAGGAGAUGAUAUAAAAGAAGAAGAGAGACUGGACCACAACUUUCAGAAUCUAGCAAGCUUAUUGGGUCCCUUGUAUAAAACGUUAGCACCUGAAGCCUAUGGAAACCAGGUGGAACAUGAACACAGGGCACCAGAUUGCCGUCUGGGGCUCAAGGAUGGCCGUCCCUUCUCUGGGGUCACUGCUUGUCUCGACUUCUGUGCCCACUCUCACAGAGACCUCCACAACAUGCAGGGAGGCAGCACCGUGGUGUGUACAUUAACAAGUGAGGAUAACCGAGAUAUCGGACAUAUACCAGAGGAUGAGCAGCUCCACGUACUACCUCUUUAUAAGGCUUCAAGCACUGAUGAAUUUGGCAGUGAGGAGGGUCAGCAGGCGAAAAUCAAGUCAGGCGCCAUCCAAGUCCUCAGUGCCUUCCGCCGCCAGGUGCGCAUGCUUUCAGAGCCCGCCAAGUCUUGCCGGCAAAAAAAGCUGGACGCUAAGAAGGCAGCUGCCAACAAGAACGCUAUGCUGGACACUGAAAAGGCAGAGAAGGCCCUCCUGGCCAAGUCCAAAGCUGGCACUUACGAGAACACCGCUCAGAGCACUCCGAUGGCAGGACCUAUUCACGGUGCUGUGGGAGCAAUCCUACAGCCAGGUCAGCCACCACACCCCCAUGGGGCCCAGCAACAACAGAACCAGAGCAUACUUCCCCCAUAUCCUGGCUCAACCGGCUACCCCAGGUUGCCCAACCACCAAGGUUCUUUUCCAAGCACUUCCAAGCCAGGCGCCAUGUAUCCCCCUCAGCCGCCGACCCCAGCCAGCCCGUACCCCUCCCCGCUCCACGGACCAAACUCUUACAUUGACGGAUCAAAUCAUCCAUAUCCAGGAUAUCAAUGUAACGGAGGAAUGCCCCUUGACAAUUGUCACCCAUACUACACUUCAAACCCAAAGCACCUGGAUAUGUAUCGACAACCGCGGCCAGCACUUUACUCCGAGCAGCAGUACGGCGUACAUCCACGUUAUGCAGGCAAUUACCCACCGAGGUAUGCCGAGCCAGGUUUACAGGUGAACAGUUACAAUGCCUGCAGGAUGAGGCCAGUUAACCCCAUGAGACCGUAUGCCCCUUAUGGUCCCAAUGGAACCUCAGACCCCCAGUUUAUGGACCCCCUCUCAAGAGCACCCCCAUCUCACGGAGGUCUAGACUAUACCGCUGCUAUGAGCAAAGGCAAUCAGUUUGGAGGAUACCCCAAUCCUUACGUAUCUCGGAGCCCUCAAAUCUUGGCCCCCGGCCAAGAUCCUUUCCGUAUGCAAAUCAAGACCGAGAUGGGCAUGCCUCAGCCACAGAUGCCCUCUGCUCAGUUAAGCGGUGGCUGUUUCAACCCUGAAGCCCAGUCAGGCUUAGGUCUACCUAAUGGGAGCCUCAUGGGAUCUGGUAUUAAGCAGGAGCCUGGAAGCCCGCAGACACCGACAACCCCACAAAAGCCUGAGGUUUGGUCAGACAACGAGCACAACUUCUUGGACCCUGACAUUGGCGGCGUGGCAGUGGCACCAAGCCACGGCUCAGUCCUCAUUGAGUGUGCAAAACGGGAGCUCCACGCCACGACGCCCGUGAAAAAUCCGGACCGCACCCACCCAACACGCAUCUCCUUGGUCUUCUACCAGCACAAAAACAUGAACGAGGCCAAGCAUGGUUUGGCGCUGUGGGAAGCCAAGAUGGCAGAGAAGGCUCGAGAGAAGGAGGAAGACGCGGAGAGGAACGGUGGCGAGGGGACACCCGUCAAAGGCAAGAAAGGGGCCAAGCGUGAGCAUCCAGAGUCAGAAUCCACCGGGGAGCCUCCUUACAAGCGUUUUAUCCAGGCCCUAAUGGAGGGGUCCUUGUCAUGCACAACAAACACCUAUGUCAGUACAUCUCCGUAUGCCUUCACCAAGGUCACAGGGCCUUACAGUCAGUUUGUGUAAGAAGCACUCAUGAAGAAGAACAUUGAAGGUGCUUGAUUUAUGACAAAGACCACAAGCAGCACUGGCCUCUUCUAAACACUCCUUCCCGUCUGUACGGUUAGCAACAAUGUAGAAAAGGGAACCUGUGAUCAGAGAGAAAUCACCUUUCACAUCAGGUCUUUCACUUCGUUAACAAUCGAGCUUUACUUGUUGGCCCUACUAAGGAUGUAUUUAUUUUAGUUUGACAACUUUAGCAAGAUACACACUGUCAACAUCUCUGGUGCUCUCUGACUGAAACACAAGGACCUAUUUUUAAUGGAAACAAAUUUUCAUUUUUGGUGGCUUUAUUUUUCUUACAAAAUUGUACUCUUGGCAUAAAACACUGACUUUGUAAAUGACAACAUUCACGGUGCUAAAGUGUAUGCUUUUUAGCAUUAUUUAAAUUAAAAUACCGUCUCACUAUAACCAUAACUCACUCUACCAGUGACACCCAACGAACAGGACACUAAAAAUAUAAAAUGAUCAGCAUCAUCAUAUUUUUUGGCAAGUCAGUGGUUCUAAGGGCACUUUUUGAUAAUGAUAGUUAAAUUUUUUGGUAAUACCUUUAAAUCAUAAAAUCUGGUUAUACUUACUACAUUGAGAGUAAUUCAUUUAUAAGCAUCACUGAAUUUAAAUUGAUGAAUUUAUAACAGAAGAUAGUAUGAGUAAACCAUGAAACAGUUUCAAGUUCAUGCAAAAAGAUGCUUUGUGCUUCUUUAGCUUACCUUUGUCAUUUAUACUGUACAUUUAUUCUUAUGGUGCAUUUCUAACAUUGAGUGAAAAAAAAAAAUGUGUGUGUUAUUUCCGUUUUUCCCAGGUUUACUUUGUUGUCAGCAACUGUUUUUAAUGUUCCUCACCUUUGGUUCAUUGAACAAACCUGGACUGUGAAUAUUACAUGUAGUUGUUCGUCUGUGGUGCUUAGGAAAUGUGUUUUUUAUACACUGAGGAACAUGAAACGGGGUUAGCCCAGUUUCAGAGGGCAGCUGGCUUGCUGUGGGGUCUUUAAUUAUUGUAAUCUAACUGUAAGAUAAACAGGUGAGAUAUGUACAGUAAAUUAAUUUCCCUUUUUGGAAUUACUGUUAGAGAUUUUGGGUUGUAAAGAAUGCUAAUGCCCUAUUUCAUUGUAUUUCUUUGGGUUUAACUGAUCAAAAGGUGCUAUCCAACCUACUAGAAACAUACAAUGUGAGACUCUUUGGACAGCCGGAAGGCUUUUAAAUAAUGUACAGUACAAACCCGUCAUAUACCUCAAAACUAGUUUGGCAAUAGAAUAAUAACAUUUUUCUUUCUUCCUUUGUAUAUUACUUUCAAAAAUAAUAAUUCAGGCCACCAAAAGGUAUACUAGUUCAUUUCUUACUUUCUUAUCAAUCUGCUAGAAAGUAUAACUUGAACUGAAAUCUUUGAUGUUGCUGUAAAAUCAGGGACAUUUUCAACUAAUUCUGUGUUCAUCGCCUGUACUCCGGUAUGUCUCUCAUUUAGGUUUUUGCCAUUGCAUCCUGAAUCUGAUUCUUGUCGAAUUCACAAAGAGAAAAACAUAUUUUGUGAGGAUGAAGAUACCUUCAUGCAGUUUUUUUACUUAUAUUUUAAAGGUAAUCUUUUAAAAGUAAUUUGAACAUAUAUGCACUGAGUUGACUAAAGGGAAAAUAUGAUAUUGACUAAAUAAAAAGCAAUGUAUUUGCAAGACCAGGGCAGUGAUUAACUUAGUUGCACAUCGUUGUGCCUGUGUAUAGUUACAUUUAUUUAUAACCACUAAGCAAUUGUAUAAUGAUUUUUCCUCCCUGUCUAUUUGAUUUAAUUAAUGCGAUAUAUAGUGGAAUGUCAUGUUACAGUCACAACUUACCCCACUCUUAAACAGAUUCAUUUUCUGACAGCACUUCAUUUCUUUUUCAGGAAAAAAAAAAUGUAAUAAAGAAUUACAAAACGUUUUAUUUAAAUAGAUUGUAAAUGUGUUUAAAACAAAUAAAUUAUGUCACAUUGUACAUACCAGGAACCUGUAUUACAGGAAGACAACUCAUUAUUUGAUGUGGAUGUAGGUUCUUCUUGUUCUGUCAAAUUGACCCACAGCGAUACUCAUCAUAUCUUUAAAUAUCCUUUCAGGUUAUCAGAAUGAUCAUGGUUAGAAGUCUGUAAAUGUAUGCUCACUGUCACAGCAAUGUUUACAGUUAUAGCAUCCUGUUCGCACAGACGUUCUAGUUUUUUUUAACUGUUCCAAUUUUGUAAAAUAAUUCGACAUAAGACAUUUGGUUGUACAGGACCCAGCUACAGUAGCAGGUUGUGGUUGAGAAAGCAGAGGUGUCUAAGAUAUAGCGGGUUCAGAGCAUAGCCAUACUUGAAGAUGCUACAGAGUGUUUCUGAGUAGAGUCAACAUUACUUGAAUGACUUCUGGGCUGAACUAGUGCGCUGCAUGUGCUCGGCUCAAAGGUUAAGCUAGCAGUUGAUACACACUUGGUCUUUUUGCAGUUAGACACUAAGGGUAAAAAAAAAGUGCAACUUUUUGCCUGUCAUUUAAUUUGUUUAAGGCUUCCCUUGUUCUCCUGAGGUUUGGUUUGCUGCAAAUGGAUAAAGAUGGGUAUUAAUACUGUAAGUAUUGUAAUGUAAUGGAUGCAGUUUAUUUGAAAGCUGUUUAUUAUAUCAUUCCUGAUAUUGCUGAGAUGUGGGUGUUUUUUUAAUAAAAUUUAUAUUUAUUUAAAGCAA